AAGAAAUGAUUUGAAACAAGAUGGCAUUUACAAUUUCUCUUAUAGCCUCGAUCGUCAUUCCGGUGUUAAAUAUGACUUUGAAAGAUCUUUAAUAUUAAUUCAUGUUGUUAAGAGUUUAAAUUGACCUAACGGUGUUCAUUUAACUGAAGGAUACCAUAAUGCGUGUAAUGAAUCAAAUUUAAGUUAUAAUGAAUCAUCCCGAUUAUUCUUAGCGCGUUUAAAAACACAUCAUACCACAUACUGCUUAUUGUUUUGUGUAAAAUUUUAUCCCUGUCAUUGUGCAAUUCAUGGCAAUAAACAGUUUAGGUUAACACGUUUCUUUCCAUAAAUGAGAAGUAUUAAAACUAAAAAGAAAAAAAUAAGGAAUAUACGUUUCUAAUGAAAUCGUAUGAUGUUGAGACGCUUUAUUUAAUGUCAACAACCUUUAGAAAAUUCUCAUAAAAAUGCAAAAUAUUCUUACAAUGGAACGUGAGAUGUGAGAAGGUGUUUAAAUCACUGCUUUCUCAGGUGUACUGGAACGUAGAUAGUCCUGCUGUUCACCGCUUCAAGUACAAGUAUCCUAUGAUGUUUUCAUCAGGUCUUGGCUGUAAUCUUUCCUUCCCCAGUUGUCUGGGCUAUCCACGUGAUAGCGAAGAACUGAUACCAAAAAUGGCGCGUGAACCAAUUAUUCUGAAUGUUUAUGAUAUGUAUUGGAUAAAUGAAUAUACUACUCCAAUUGGUCUUGGAGUAUUUCAUUCAGGUGUUGAAAUAUACGGGACAGAAUAUGCUUAUGGAGGACAUCCAAAACCAAAGUCUGGCAUUUUUGAAAUAACACCUAGAGUUGCAGAAGAACUUGGUGAACAAUUUAGAUACAGACAGUCAGUACACAUUGGAUAUACAGAUUUUACAGAGGAAGAUGUUACCAGGAUUAUAAAUGAAUUGGGAAAGGAUUUUAGGGGAGAUCGUUAUCAUUUGAUGAAUAAAAAUUGUAAUCAUUUUAGUAGUCAAUUUACAUUGAUUCUAUGUGGCCAAGAAAUUCCUGGAUGGGUUAAUCGUUUGGCAUACUUCAGUUCAUGUGUACCAUUCUUACAGCGUUGUCUCCCUAAAGAAUGGUUAACUCCUGAUGCUCUUCAGCAUUCUUUAAAUCAAGUCAGCCAUCACGAAAGUACACCACCUUCUGAUACUUCCUUGUAACAUUUGGCAAACAUUACCAAUGAGAACAGUUUAGAAUAUCCUAGGAGGUACACUUUAUAGACUAUUUACGAGAAAAAUUUUAUUACAACAGGCCCGUAUAUUGCCAGGAACUUUAUAUCCAGGCAAUUCAAAUGUCAGUUAGAAGUACAAAUUUGACAUUGUACUUCUUAAUGCAGCUGAUAAAUAUUAGUAUUCAGAGAAUUGCCUUCCCUGCAACAUGUCGUCCAACAAAUUUUUGACGACAAAAUACAGGUCGCGUGUGUUCUUUGUUUAAUAGUUAUAUAAUAAA